AUGUUGGACUUCAUGGAGAAUGUGCAGAAUGCAUUCUACGAAGCUUCGCACUGGAACCUGGACAAUUCCUACGGCGCUUUGAAUGCCACGGCACGAGAGUUGCUCGAUUUCCAGAUUCCACAAGGCCUGCGAUUACAGAUCUCGUCCCUUGCUGCGCCCAACUUUGCGACUUCGUACACCUUGGGAAGUGUAGGUGUGGUAGAUGGCUCAGUGUCGUACCUCUACUCGUCACUGCCCUUGAAAAAGGAGUUCAAGAGCUCCCACAUCGACCUGAAGAACGUCAUACGAGGCUACAAGCAUGUACAAGAGCUGCGGAGGCCCGAUGAGAACUGGUGGUGGGAGCUCUGGCAUGCUGGAAAGCGGGUUGAUCGCAAAAACACACUGCUGUAUGGACGGGUGUUCCUUCCUCAAUCGAGAUUGGAAGCCCUGUAUCUGCGCCGCCUCACGCCCACGCGUCAGCUCCGGAUUGCCGCUGUCAGCGACUCGAACCUCAACAAUGGGGGCACAAUCCUUGCCUUGCUACAGAACGAUGUGGGCAAAUACAGCACAGAGUACAUGUACAGCACGGAUUCCGCUUUGAUGGGCGUGCGAGGUCUCUAUAAUUUCGGCGCAGACCCCAGGAACGCGCCAACAGAACCGAUAUCUGUCGAUCAAGUGGAACCGGUGCAUGGUCGCUUCAGCGCAGGAGCGGAGCUGUACUAUGGCCUUUUGAAUAAGAGCGGAGGCAUCAGCACUGGCUUGCGGUUCACAACACUGCCCAGACACCCAGGCUUUCCGUAUACCAUGACGCUUACGCUGAACCCGCUGAUGGGUAAUCUUUCUUCCACCUACUCGGUCAAAGCUGGAUCUUGUCUGGCGCUCUGUUCUCGUUUUGACUUCAACUUCUACUCGUACGAAAGCGAGCUUCAGCUCGGUUGCGAACUGUGGCGGCGACGCAGCAACACAGAUGUCGAGUGGGCCGUGAAGAAGCUGCGCCCAGAUUGGGAGCAGCGCGCCAUCUCCCCCGACGACGACGUUUCUGGGGUGUUGAAGGCCAGGGUCAACCAGGAUUGGCACGUAGGAGUGCUAUGGGAAGGCAGGAUCAAAGAGCUGCUGUUCAGCCUUGGCGCAAGCCUGGACCUCAAGAAAAGAGAGCAGAUCUUUCGGUCCGUCGGCAUCGAACUGCAGUACUCUUCGUGA